UGAACAAGAGCAGUGGGAUCAGGAACCAACCCAGGCCAACGGAGCCAGGGCCCCCCCGGGUGCUGCUGGGACCCGAAGCAGGGGCCAUGCUAUCUGGUGAACGGAAGGAGGGCGGCAGCCCCCGCUUUGGGAAGCUCCAUCUCCCCGUGGGCCUGUGGAUCAAUUCUCCCAGGAAGCAGCUGGCCAAGCUGGGGCGGCGCUGGCCCAGUGCCGCCUCUGUCAAGUCCUCCUCUUCAGACACGGGGAGCCGCAGCAGCGAGCCCCUGCCCCCGCCGCCGCCGCACGUGGAGCUGCGGCGAGUGGGCGCGGUGAAGGCGGCUGGGGGAGCCUCGGGGAGUCGCGCCAAGCGCAUUUCCCAGCUCUUUCGGAGCUCGGGGACCGGGGCCGCGGGAUCUGGCGGCACGGGAGGUCCCGGGACCCCGGGGAGCGCGCAGCGCUGGGCCAGCGAGAAGAAGCUUCCUGAUCUGGCGUUUCAGCUGUACUGCUCUUCAUCUCUCUCUGCAGGCACAGGCCCCGCCUUGUGGCGGCCACAGAAGAACCGCUCCCGGGCAGCAUCCGGUGGGGCAGCGCUGGCCAGCCCUGGCCCGGGGGCCGGGUCAGGGACCCCAGCUGGGUCAGCUGGCAAGGAGCGCUCAGAAAACCUGUCUCUGCGACGAAGUGUGUCAGAGCUCAGCCUGCAGGGUCGGCGAAGGCGGCAGCAGGAGCGCAGGCAGCAGGCACUUAGCAUGGCGCCCGGGGCAGCUGAUGCUCAAAUAGGACCCACAGACCCCAGCGACUUUGAUCAGUUGACUCAGUGCCUAAUCCAGGCCCCCAGCAACCGGCCCUACUUUCUGCUGCUCCAGGGCUACCAGGAUGCCCAGGACUUCGUGGUCUACGUGAUGACUCGGGAGCAGCACGUGUUCGGCCGCGGCGGGAACGCCUCGGCACGCGGCGGGUCCCCGGCCCCCUACGUGGACACCUUCCUCAACGCCCCCGACAUCCUGCCCCGACACUGUAUUAACCCAUGGGCUUGUCUCCCUGACCCCCCUCGCUCUGAUUCUGAUCUUACUGUUCCACAGGAAAAGAUUAAGGAAAUUGGAGAUCGUCAGCCAGAGAACCACCCUGAGGGGGUCCCUGAGGAGCCCUUGACCCCCGAGGCUGUGUCCGUGGAGCUGCGGCCACUCAUGCUGUGGAUGGCCAACACCACAGAACUGCUGAGCUUUGUGCAGGAGAAGGUGCUGGAGAUGGAGAAGGAGGCUGACCAGGAGGGCCUAUCCUCAGACCCACAGCUCUGCAAUGACUUGGAAUUAUGUGACGAGGCCAUGGCCCUCCUGGAUGAAGUCAUCAUGUGUACCUUCCAGCAGUCUGUCUACUACCUCACCAAGACUCUGUAUUCAACGCUGCCCGCUCUCCUGGACAGUAACCCUUUCACGGCUGGAGCAGAGCUUCCGGGACCUGGCGCAGAGCUGGAGGCCAUGCCUCAGGGUUUGAGACCCACCCUGGGUGUGUUCCAGGCAGCUCUGGAACUGACCAGCCAGUGCGAGCUGCACCCGGACCUUGUGUCUCAGACUUUCGGCUACUUGUUCUUUUUCUCCAAUGCAUCCCUUCUCAACUCACUGAUGGAACGAGGUCAAGGCCGACCUUUCUAUCAAUGGUCUCGAGCUGUCCAAAUCCGGACCAACCUGGACCUUGUGUUGGACUGGCUGCAGGGGGCUGGGCUGGGGGACAUUGCCACUGAGUUCUUCCGGAAACUCUCCAUGGCUGUGAACUUGCUCUGUGUGCCUCGCACCUCCUUGCUCAAGGCUUCAUGGAACAGCCUCCGAACUGACCACCCCACUCUGACCCCUGCUCAGCUCCACCAUCUGCUCAGCCACUACCAGCUGGGUCCUGGCCGCGGGCCCCCACCUGCUUGGGACCCUCUCCCUGCAGAACGAGAUGCCGUGGACACAGGGGACAUCUUCGAGAGCUUCUCCUCCCAUCCUCCCCUCAUCCUGCCCUUGGGCAGCUCGCGCCUGCGCCUCACCGGGCCGGUGACGGACGACGCCCUGCACCGUGAACUGCGCAGACUCCGCCGCCUUCUCUGGGAUCUUGAGCAGCAGGAACUGCCGGCCAAUCACCGCCACGGACCUCCAGUGACCACGCCUCCUUGAAAACCAAUAGAAACGAGCGCGCGAGCCUUGAAACUUCAUGGGCUACUCCUCACUGGAGCCCUCCGGAGCGCAGAACUUUCUGGGAGUUGUAGUUCUCUUCCCGCUUGGAAUGCUGGGAGUUUGAGUUUUGGGGUCGUAGAGGAUGGGACGGUGGGGAGAUGGGUUUGGGUUUUGAGUGCCAGAAGCAAUAAAGGU